CACAACUCACCCGGGCUCUGAACUUGUUCACCCCUCUCUCUCUCUCCUUCUCUUCCUCCCUUGUUCUCUGUAAUCUUCUAUCUUGUGUUCCUUUCUAGCCCAUCAAAAUUUGAUUGUUGUAAUGAUGGUAGAGAGAGACCAGGGUGCACUCUGAAUUUAAGAUCAUUCCUCACUCGUGUUUCUGUAUGAAUUAAAUUACUUGUGCUUGUGUGUAUGUGGGGUUGAUGGGUGAUGAAGAGGGAGAAGUAGAAGUGGCAAGAAAGAAGGACAACUACUUUGAUGUUUAUGGAGAUAGCUUCUCGUAUAGUAGCUGCUUCUUACACUUCUGGCUCUCUUUGAGACACUACAAUUCCUCUUCAAUGGCACCCUUUAAGUAAAUAUAACAUAAAGAUCCCCUUUUCUCCUCUAUAAUCUCAUCUUCUCUGCCAUCUUAAUAUACAUACAUUUGACUGCUAAAAGAAAAUAAAAGGGAUCAUCCAUCAUCAUAAUCUUAAAAGAAAGAAACACCUUGAUCGGUCUAAUUUUAAAGAUCCGUGCUUUUCCUAAGUACACAACUCAUCAUGAAGAGACUUAGCAGCUCCGAUGAUUCUUUGGGCGCUCUCAUGACAAUUUGUCCAUCAUCAACAACAGAAGAACACAGUCCAAGGAACAAACAGCAGGUGUACGGAAGGGAGUUCCAAUCGAUGUUGGAUGGACUGGACGAAGACGGUUGCAUCGAAGAAUCGGGGCACCACGGCGAGAAGAAACGGCGCUUAAGCGUGGAACAAGUGAAGGCUUUGGAGAAGAACUUCGAGGUUGAGAACAAGCUGGAACCGGACAGAAAGGUGAAGCUGGCACAAGAACUGGGCUUGCAGCCAAGACAAGUUGCCGUUUGGUUCCAAAACCGCAGAGCCAGGUGGAAAACCAAGCAGUUAGAAAGAGACUACGGCGUUCUCAAAGCCAAUUACGAAGCUCUUAAACUCAACUUCGAAAAACUCCAACAAGACAACCAAGCCUUGCAUAAAGAGAUUAAGGGAUUGAAAUCAAGGAUGCAAGACGAACGCACCGAAAGCGAUGCUUCGGUGAAGAAGGAACAAGUGGAGAUGAUAACAACGCUGCAAGACUCGGAGGAGAACCCUUGCGAUCUUGAAACCGCUGCCGCCAUUGCUGGAUCGGACUCCAACAAGGACCUGAGCUACGAUUGCUUCAACAAGGGCGACGGUGAGGGCGGUGAUGGUGUGGGAGUAGCAGCAUCGAUAUCGCUGUUCCCUUGUGGGGACUUGAAAGACGGUUCUUCGGAUAGCGAUUCAAGCGCGAUCUUGAACGAAGAGAAUAACAACAGCAGCUGUAGCCCCAUGAACAACGCGGCCAUGUCUUCGUGUGGUGGUGGGGUUCUGCAAAGUUCGAACCUUUUGAUGUCUCAGCAUGACGAGUCGCCAUCAUCGAUGAGCUGCUUUCAGUUCCAGAAGGCGUACCAGGCCACACAGUACGUGAAGAUGGAGGAGCACAACUUCUUCAGUGCAGAUGAGACGUGCAAUUUCUUCUCCGAUGAACAAGCACCAACCCUUCAGUGGUACUGUUCGGAAGAGUGGAGUUGAAGGGGAAGGAACUGAGAGAAAUAAGAGAUGUAAGAUGAUGUAUGUAUAAAGAAAAGAUGAAAAUGGUGGAAGGUGGUGGCGGCACGAAUGAGAGAGAAGGGUAAUAUGGUAAUAAUGAGGAAUGAGUCUCACUGUCUCAGCCGUGCGGGAAAGCUAGGGAGGUAGAAAAGGGGGUAAUUAAUUUAUGAAUGGAAUAAUGAUUAGGUCGUAAUGUCGUAAUGAAAUCAUGCUGUAAAAAUUUUUGGAACAUGGCUACAAAAAUUGCUGUCCUAAAACUAAAAUAGCCCCUUAAUUGCA